AAAGGCUCUAGCAAUAAAAGAACAGCAAAGUAUUAACUUUUUAAUAGGAUUCCUAUAACGGAACAUCCAUGAGCGAAGUCAUAUGAACCGUAAAAGGAGAGGACUGUAUCUUACGGAAGCAAACACGUUCUUUUCGCUCCCGUCAGCGAUGCUAUUCCACGGCCUGCCCGGAGGCGACAUUCACGGUAUGAUGGAAGAAAUGGAGCGGAGAGGGAAGAGCGAUUCGGCUGCUAUCAGCUCGGCCAUAGAUAUGGGCGACAGAGAAACGAGCCAACCGUCGAUGACCGGUGAACGAGUGGCUCUGUGUGCGGGCUGCGGGGGGAAAAUUUCCGACCGCUAUUACUUGCUUGCCGUAGACAAACAGUGGCACAUGCGCUGCCUGAAAUGCUGUGAGUGCAAACUCAAUUUGGAGUCCGAGCUCACCUGCUUCAGCAAGGAUGGAAGCAUCUACUGCAAGGAAGACUAUUACAGAAGGUUUUCGGUGCAAAGGUGCGCGCGCUGCCAUCUCGGGAUUUCAGCCUCGGAAAUGGUGAUGCGAGCUCGGGACUUGGUUUACCACUUAAACUGUUUCACGUGCACGACGUGUAACAAAAUGCUGACAACAGGCGACCAUUUCGGCAUGAAGGACAGCCUCGUGUAUUGUCGUUUACACUUCGAGACGCUCGUGCAGGGGGACUACGGACACUUCAAUCACACAGAAGUGGCUCCAAAUAAAGCGCUGGGUACAGCGGGGGCGCUCGCGCUCUCCUAUUACAACGGAGUUGGCAGCGUACAGAAAGGACGCCCAAGGAAACGGAAAAACCCCGGUUCCGGAGCAGAUCUGGCCGCUUAUAACGCAACACUAAGCUGCAAUGAAAAUGAUGGGGAUCCCAUAGACAGAGAAUCUCACUACAGUUCUGGUCAGAAGACUAAGCGAAUGAGGACUUCCUUCAAGCACCAUCAGCUGAGAACCAUGAAGUCCUACUUUGCUAUCAACCACAAUCCAGAUGCCAAGGAUUUGAAACAGCUGGCACAGAAAACAGGUCUUACGAAGCGUGUACUUCAGGUUUGGUUCCAGAAUGCCAGGGCCAAAUUCCGACGAAAUCUUCUGCGUCAGGAGAAUAGUGGAGUGGACAAAGUUUCAGAUGGAUCAACUUUAGCUGGUGGAACCCCAUCUGGUCCGGCAUCAGAAAUUUCAAAUACUUCUAUAAGCCCUUCAAGCACUCCCACAACACUGACAGACCUCACUAACCCCACAAUACCCACUGUCAACUCUGUACUGACUUCUGUGCCAGGCACCCUGGAUGUCCAUGAGUGUCGAAGCCCUUCACAGACCACACUUACCAGCCUCUUCUGAUGCUUGUCACUAAUGAUAAUCACCACAAACUCUUUUGGCUUUGCAAUUACAGAGAGCAUCCUUUCUGUCCUGGUGUGAAAGUUUUACCACAUACACCAUACCUAGCCCUGAUGCGCACAGGUGCUGUUUGUAAAAUGGUGGUGUAUAAUUCAGAUGUGAUUAAUGGCACAAAACCCUGACCUGGGCAAAGGUUUAAAUAGACAGAACAAAAUGCAAACAAGCUAAUGCCAACUAGAGACCAUUAAAAAGACUGUUAAAGUACACAAAACAAGUGGAAAGUCAAAACAAACUUGAAAUUGGUUAAAAGAAAAAAGCUAUUGUUUGAGUUUGAGCCUCUUUCAUAGUAUUGCAUAGAGACAGGCAUGCCUCAGUGAAAGGAUGUUGAUGUUUUGUUGUUGUUCUUGUCUUUGGUGGAAUUGAAGAGAAUAUAUUUGAAUUUUUAUUUCA